UAUGGUGGCUGUCAGGUUCGAUUGAAAGCUACACGUACGUUGGCACUCUCCAGUCAUUGGCUUUUGCAAGAUGUGGGGACCAAUGGGCAAGAUGUUUGUGCGAAGUCUGCUUCUCUGCCUGCGAGCUCCCAAAGUGCCUUGGAAGCGUUGUCAACGUUGCUGUGCGGGGUACGUGGGUGCCGUCGCAGAGGGCCAUCAUCAGAAAUUGCGAAGAUCGUUCUUCUGGGGUGCCAACUGCGAUCAAGUUCAUUGCCGCAGGACCACUUGGAUUGUAUGUGUGAAGAGGAUGUCGACGGCUACUGAUUUUAAAUGUUGCCCUCAAACUGUAUGUGUGUCUGCAUGGCCCGAAAGUAAUGACAAGAUCCGGGUGCCUGUCACUGAACUCCAAGGCCGUAUGCUGCUUUCGUUCCUUUGUAAACUUUGCUCAACACGAGCCACGAAGCUGAUUUCGAAGGUCUCCUAUGAGAAGGGCGUUGUCGUCAUCAAGUGCCACGGUUGCAGCAAGCACCACCUCAUUGCAGAUAACCUGGGCUGGUUUCCCGAACCCGACGGCAAAAGGAACAUAGAAGAAAUCUUGGCAUCGAAGGGCGAAGCUGUCCGUAAAGCACUUUUGAAAGAUGAGAUCCUUGAAGUCAUGGAUCCGUGAACGACGGGCCUAAACAGCAUCACGCUAGACUUUAUUUCUAAUUGAAAAACUGCUAUCAAAAUUUUUGCUAAUGGAAAGCUUUUCAGGAUUUGCACUACAGCUGAAGGUGCUGUGCUGCAGGAACUUGAGUAAACGGAGCAUUAUUUU